AAAGCACUUUUUCAAAAUUUGAAAGCUAUGGAGGUGAGUUGUUUGCAGUGCAGGUCAGGGAAUUUGGUUGCUGUCUAUGUUCAGUUUUACUUAAGUGAAUUAUUUCUUUCAGAAUAAUAAUAGAAAGCUCGAUAAGAUUGCGAAAAGGCGGGCAGCAGACACUAAAUACCCUAGGUUGUUUGGCUGUUCCCGAUCAACCUAUUACAGAAGGUUGAGGAAAAUGAAAGCACAGUUUAUAAAGAAGUGUCAGUUACCGAGCUGUGACGAAGAGACAGACAAUCCAGUUGUCGUCACAGAAUCGCGUAUUACCGUAGCUACAGAGCAGUGGGCUAAUAUUGUCACAGAUACAGCUACUGCUUCAUGUAGUCACGUCCAGUGUUCAGACAACACAAUCAACGAAAUGUCCCCAACCAUUCAUCUUUCGGUGAAAGACGAGUUAGACAAAAUGGUCAUUGAAAUGAUGAAAGGUGGUUAUAUAAGCAUAAAGAAGGCUGAUCAAAUACUGGACAUUUUUCGUGCGCGGUAUCCAGAACUUCCAACGUCCGUCCGAAGUGUUCUACGUCGAUGCAACGACGUGGAGCCUAAGAUCCUAGAUUCUGGAACGUAUUACCAUUUAGGAUUGAAAUCCAGUCUUUUGAGAAUUUCAGGACAUUGGCUUCGUCGAAUCCGUUUCAACGAAUUGCAGUUGCAGUUAAACUACGAUGGUCUAAGUUUGUUCAAAAGCUCUAACCAACAGCUGUGGCCGAUCCUAGGUCGUAUAGUAGCUCCACUAGUUAGUAGUGUUUUCGUAGUUGGGAUCUACGGUGGUGAAGUAAAACCAUCUGAUUUCAACGACAUGUCAGCAACACUUAUAACAGAGUUACAGGAGUUGCUGACAGUAGGUAUUAAUGUAGAUAAGUAUCACCUACAUUUAACAGUUAAAUUAGUUGCUUUGUGUUCACACUUCCGGAGUGCGACCUGUUCGGAAACGGAGAUCACGCACGCCAUGGCUACAGCAAGCCAGGCCUUCUUGCAUGACUCAAGAGAUAAACUACAUAAACGUGGAUGGCGAUCCAAAGAAAGGGUGAGCUAAAACUACUUAAUUUGUUUGUUAUAAUACAUAUGUUAACUUUGUCACACAUUGUUCCUACUCGUUCCCCUUCCUACUGUUUUGUAUAUUGUUUAAUACCACUUAAUAAAAUGAAGUAUUCAGUUGUAUUCCCAAUAACUGAAGUUCAAUUUGGGGUUUUCCCCAAAAUUCACAGAAUGUUAAUUAUCAUUAUAUUUAUCACUAUAAUCACUGUACUUUAAUUACUGUAACAGCUUAUGACUUUGUGAUCAAUACUCAAAGUAAUAUAACUUGUCUCUUGUAUGUUUCCCUUUCAGCUGGCUUCGCAGGCUUUAUCAGACGUAACUGUAAGUUCUUUGUUCGCAUUAUUAAGAAGAUUGUUAUACUGUUGGUACAUCACCAAACUUUCACAUAUCUUGACACGUUAUUAUACACUAAAAGUGAUUUAUUUAUUUAUUUUUUAGAACAUUAUCAAUGACAGUUCUACGUCUACGUAAGGUGUUGAUGUUACAACGCAAUGAAAAACUUUGUAUAAAUGAUUCAUUUGUAAUUUUAUUAACUGUAAUAAACAUUUUUAUAUUUCAUAA